AUGGAUGAAAAUACUCCUCUAGUAUCUGCCGAUACCCAUGUUGGACGCUCCGUCAUCAAACCAGUCAUUGAGCGGGCAGUUACCAAUGAUGGAGAUUCCCAAGCCACAGUGAACUGCCAAGUAUGCAGGCAAGUUAUUACGUUCACUCCUCGUGAAAAGCAAAUGGUGGUUCGAUGUUCACACUGUUCUGAGGCGACGCCUAUCAAAGGUCCACCAACUGGGAAACAGUAUGUUAGAUGUCCUUGCAAUUGCUUACUUGUAUGCAAUGAAUCUACAAGCAAAGUUGGUUGUCCUCGCCCUGAAUGUCAGAAAGUUAUUGUUAUUCGUGAAGAAGAUGGUGUGGGCUUUAUGGGUGGUAGCAAUAGGUUUUUGCAGGGUCCAGCUACACAUGGAACGUUUGGUACUCCUCAAAGUCUGCGCCUGUCCUGCGGUAAUUGUAAUUCACCAUUUUCCAUACCAUCACCCGAAUCUCAUUCGUUUGGACGUAUGAAUGCGUUUACCGCACUUCUAUCUGGCAGGAACGCUUCCAAUGCCGCAGGACUUAUAACAGCAAGAUGUCCACAUUGUCAUAAAGUUACAUCUGUUGGCCCAGCCUAUGCUCGUGCACACUGGAUAGGUUAUGGUGUACUUGCUAUCGUUGCUAUUAUCAUAGCUAUUAGUGUAACUGCAGGGACAGCUGAAGCUGCCAUAGGAAACAAUGCUUUGUACUUCCUUUGGUCGAUUCUUUAUCUGGUCGCUCUAGUUCUGUUGUCGCGUGCAGUAGUUUUCAUGAUCAUGCCAGUCAGUUCAGUCGAAGUACCUACUUUACAAAUCUAGUUAAAUAUUUAUCAUGGGAAUCAUAAAAAUCGUCACAUCUCAGAACAAUCCUUACUUCUAAUUGUCAUGUUUUUUAUUAUCAUAUUGCUAAUUUUGAUGGGUUGUCAAUUUCGAUAAGCUAAUUGCUGAUCCCUCGAAAACGGA